AUGCGGUCGCUGGUCGCCCUAGCCGUGUUAGGAUGUGUGGUAGUAGUUAGCUAUGGCAGAGAGAUCGAUCAGAAUGAUCUCGUCGCCGCAGCUAGUCAUCACGGCCAUCAUCACGAGUCGGGCGGCGGCAAAGAGCACCAUGCGCAUCAUCAUCAUGAACACGGUGAAAAGGGACACAAAGGCCACAAAGGACAUCACCAUCACCACAAAGGUGAACACGGAGAACACGGCAAACAUCACCACUCUGGACAUCAUCAUGAACACGGAGGCGGCCACAAAAAACAUUGGGAUGAGCAUGAUCAUCAUGGCCAUCACCACGAACACGGUCACCAUCAUAAGGGCGGUAAGCACCAUCAUAAAAAACAUCAUGACAAAGGCGAAGAGACUGAAGGCUACCACAAGAAGUACCACAAGGACGAAUACCACAAAGAUCAUCACUUCUACGAUGACCAUCACAAGGAAGGCAAGCACCACAAACAUGGUCAUCACCACGGACACCAUGAGAAACAUGGGGGUGGUCAUAAGAAGGGUGGCCAUCAUCAUUCUGGCCAUCAUGAACAUCACCACGGUCACAAAGGUCAUCAUGACAAACAUCAUUACGAUGAAGAUCACAAAGGUCACAAAGGCCACCACGGACACGAAGAACACCACCACCACCACCACGAUCACGGCAAGAAGGGUGGACACGAGGAUCAUAAGCAUUGGGGAUUCCAUCAUGGCAAGCACUGA